AACGUAUAUCUUAAUUUUGAAAUUGUAAUUUUCAAACACCUUAAAUAUUUAUUAUUCUCGACUUGAAUUGCAACAAUCAAAAUGAUGCAUCUAAUUAGUUUGAAUCCAAAUAUGUGAUUGUGGGACCUACUAGGGGACAUAGUUAGCACUAUAUAAAAUCAAUAAUGCUAUUCAAAUAGGGAUUGCAAAUAGGUGCUUUGACAGGUGCAGAGUUGUCAGCGCACCUGUGUGGGUAACUUUUUUCCGAAUUGUCCAAUGAUACUGUGCCUCGUGUCCACCUGCUUUUUAAUCCUAUCAUUCAAUUUGUUUGUAUAGCAUGAUUGAUUUAAAAUUUUGAGCUAGAUUGGACAUGGACUUCUGGGAUGAACUAGUUUCUUUGAGCCAAUUUUAUGAUGUAAAAUAAGUCCACCCACAAGUGUUUGGCUCAAAGAAACUAGUCCACCCCAGGUAUCUAUGUCGAAUCCAGUUUGUCUUUUAGCAUCGUAAUAUGUAGUCGAACCCAAAAGAAACUAGGCUAAUUUUAUUUAUGUCAUUUUUUUUAUAGUUUUGUCUUUUAGCUAUGUAAUCUAUAGUGGUUAAGUGAUCUCCAGAGUCUUAAAUCAUUUCUAGACUACAAAGUCUGUUGAAUUACACAGUAGUGAUUCUCUUUAACAGGCAAUUAGAUAGAAAAUCUUAUACACCAGAUACAUUUAUUCCACUAUUAUAUGAAAUCACAUGUUCAUGAGUCAUACCCUGUGAUUAUUUACAUGCUGGAAAAGAGAUCAUACUAAGAAAAAGGAGUUCCCAUCUUAUUUUUAUAAUGUUCUCUUAAUCUAACACGUGUUUUGACUUCAGCUGCAGGAAUAAGUAUAUUGAUAUUGAUUUUAAUUGCAGCUAUUUCACCUGUAGCAGUAGUCCUCUUCUACAUAAUCUUGUUCGCAUUCUACGAGAGGAAGCACAUGUGGAAUUUGAAGGGAAAGAUGCAAAAUGAUAAGGACAUUGAACUCUUCCUAAAGAACAAUGAGAAUCUUGCAACAAGAAGAUACAACUACUCUGAUCUUAUGAAAAUGACUAACUCAUUCAGUGACAACUUAGGGGAAGGGGGCUUUGCUAGUGUAUAUAAAGGGAAGUUAUCUGAUGGCCGUCUCGUAGCAGUAAAGAUUUUUAAAGAAUCAAAAGGCUAUGGAGAAAAAAUUAUCAAUGAGGUUGCAAGUAUCAGUAGAACUUCCCACGUUAACAUUGUCACUCUCUUGGGAUUUUGCUUUGAGGGUUCCACAAGAGCUCUCAUUUACGAGUUCAUGCCCAAUGGAUCUCUUGAGAAGUUCAUAUUCUCCAAAGUAGAAAGUCAGUUAGGAUGGGAACAAUUGUUUCAAAUUGCACUUGGCAUUGCUCAUGGAAUAGAAUACUUGCACCAAGGAUGUAAUACACGGAUUUUACACUUUGACAUAAAGCCUCAUAACAUUCUACUAGAUAAAGACUUCAAUCCUAAAAUGUCAGAUUUUGGCCUGGCGAGACUUUGUCCUAACAGGUCUAGUAUAGUGCCAAUGCCAGGGGCCAGAGGGACAAUAGGGUAUAUAGCUCCAGAAAUAGUUUGUAGAAACUUUGGAAAUGUUUCUCACAAGUCAGAUGUCUAUAGCUAUGGUAUGAUGAUUUUGGAAAUGGCUGGAGAGACGAAAAAUAUUGAAGUCGGAAUCGAUCAUUCAAGUGAAAAUUACUUUCCUGAUUGGAUAUAUAAGAAACUUGAACAGAGUGUCAAACUUGAUCUGAACAUCAUUGUGAAUGCAAAUGAACAUUUGAGGAUAAGGAAAAUGUUAAUAGUUGGAUUGUGGUGCAUACAUACUGAUCCUACAGCUAGACCUUCAAUGAGUAGGGUUAUAGAAAUGUUGGAAGGGAAUAUAGAAUCUUUGCAAAUCCCGCCUAAACCCAACUUCUUUUUACAGCCAAGAGAAGCAUUAAAUCCUUCAAUUUCUGAGUUAGCACUCACCUUAUCUGAAGUUCAUGAAGUUUAACUAUGACUCAUUAAAACUUCGAGUGAUCCUCGUGCUGAUUGGAGGAUCCUAGUGACCGUAGAAACAGUUAUCUCGAUUGGUUGUGCUAUAGCAAUUUGUAUGUUGUUAAUACUAAUGUUGAAUCUGUCUCAAUGUUAAAUUUCACAUUUGUGUAAAAUCAAAGUAAUUAAAGAAAUUCAACUACCCUUUAGUUUGUCUAAUCAUUGUUAUUAUCUAGUACUUAAAUAAGAUGAGAUGUUGCAUUA